UUGCAGCCGUUUUUGUUUGCUGGAAAAUUUGUAAUUUUAUUCAACUUGUUCAUACAUUUUCACGUCUUUCUCCGUGUUAUUUUAUUCCGGAAACAUCAAGUGAGUUGAAGGGUUGAAAAUGGAAGACGCCAAUUCACCGGCGGGGAAAAUCUCUGAUAAAUUGCUGUAUGAAAAGAGGAAAGCUCUGGAAUUGUUGGAGAAGUCACAAUCGCCAAAGGAUGGAAGAAAUGAGCGUGUUUCGCACCUCUUUCGACCCUUCAGAACUGACGAAUUGGCGUCAGGAGGGAAUUCCAGGGAGUACCGUUUUUCUGUGAAUCUCAGUGACCUCGCCACAGACAAAACGGUGGAUUUGCAGGACACUCUGGGGAAGCUGACCUUUGACCCGAAGGAAAUCACAGCCAGAUCGACGAUGUUCACGAGGGAGAAGCGAAAGGAAGUCCCCAAGACGGCGCAGGAACUCCUUGAAGACAGCUUCGAAGACAUCCUGACCACGAGUCGGUGUCAGAAUGUCCGUGAGAUGAGCAAGAGUUACAGGGAGAGCUUAGCCGGUGAUCCAGCGAAGCAGAAGUAUCCGACGAAGAGAAUUUCCCAGCAAGAACUCAUGGAUUCCUUCCAAUCCGACGAGUUUGUCUGCUCAGACAAUGCGAAGAGGAAUUUACUGUCUGAGGAUGAGCGAGAGUGGGAAAAGGAGUUCUAUACUGUUCCCGGAAUGAAGCGUGCACAGGCGCAACCGGAGAUUCCUGUGGAUUUCGAUGGACUCUCGGGAUUCAUGAUGUCUCACAAUAAUUCGUCUGUUUCUGAUCACUUUUCCCUGAAUGCCUUCUGCAACAAGCAAUGCGAAUCCAUUGGGAAUAUAAUCAGGGCUGAGAGUCCAACUGGACAGAUAGCGAGAGGAGUUCUCAACACCACAGUCAGUUCAAUGGCUUCAGCAGCUUCUGCGGCGUCUUCAGCGGUCGGCAGGACGUACACGAAAGAAUCUGAGGAACCAGAUGACAUACGAGCUCUGAUUGAGAAUCUCAAGCUGUCGGAAUCGACAAGUAAAAUCCUGGCUGAGCAUUUUGCAAGGGUGGCAAAGAAGAGUGGCCAGAAUGAGCCUCUGGACGAUAUCACGACGAAGGAGCAGAAUCUGAAGACGCCAGAGAGACGAGCUGACGAUGUCAAUCGCAGUGGGAAGGAGAAUCGCAAGGAGGAGAAGGAAUAUCAGGAGUUUUGUCGCUUCCGACCCAGCAAGAGUCCUCGACGAGCUGGUUCUCACACAACGCUGACCAUUUCUGCGGAUUCUCUGCGCGUGGACGACGAUCGGCGCUUCAGCACGCGAGUUGAGAGUGUCGGAGCGCGGAAGAGAUCUCGUUCGAAUGGAUCCAGGAAGGUGGAUGAAGGUCCGGCUGUUGUGGAGUGUCGCCGUGCCAAGUCGCCGUCCAACAGAGGAGAAAUGCGAGUCUUGGACACCACAGCUUCACCCACGAUGGAGACUACUGCUCAGUCAGACAGGAUGCUGCUCUUCCAGUCGCCCAUGGACGUGGGGAAGCUCUCUCUGCCGAAUUAUGGGCUUGUUAAAGGCGCUUCCAAGUCUCCGGCAAGCGCAGGAUUGACGAGAACCACAUCGCAGCUGAGCACAGCCAGUGAAUUCAACCAUCGGGAGGGAUAUUUGCCGCUCAAGGCGACGCAGGGAGAACUGUGCUGGGGCAGCGUGAGAUUGAGAACUUCCGCCACGAAAUCCAUUCAGAUCAAGAACACUUCGUCGAAGAAGUUAACCUUCAGGGCUGUGAUUGAUGGUCCUGGCUUUCAGUUUGGCAGCGCCGAUGCGCCCCAAAUGACCAUCACGCUGCAGAAGCAGGAGUGUCGUGCCAUGUGGAUUGUUUUCUGUCCGACUGUAAAAGGUCCGGCGGCGGGAAAUUUGAUCUUCAAGCCUCCCACGGUUGAUGACACGCGCGUGAACUGCAAGAUUCCGCUGUACGGCUACGGAGGGCAUGCGUCGGUGAGUUUGGAGGGAUUGCAGCAGGGUUUGGUGGGCUCCAAAUUCCUGCCCAUGGGCGACAUGAAGAAUCUCACGCGGUGCUUCGAGCAGACAUUCACGGCGUACAACAAGGGUCCGUUGAAUGCCUUCGUGAGUGUCAGCGUGGAGAAUAAUAGACCAGAUCAGCGAUGCUUCGCCACAUCUGUGUCAGUCACUCCCAAUCGCCUCGUCUUGCCGCCGUCCAGCAAUGCCAAGUUUCGUGUGCAAUUCCGGCCACAGCGUGAUGAACUGAAGAAGCUGAUGAAGAUGCACAAGACGUCAGAUGUGCUGCUAAUUGCCAAUCUGAUUGUCUUCAUGGGUGACGAACCGACGCGACACAGAGUGAGAAAGUUGAUCAGAGAGACGCCCAAUCAUGCGCUCAACAGUUCGGCGGGAUUGUCGGAUUUAUGGGGUGUUUUCCCCCGUGAGGAGAGAGAUGAGCAGCUGAGUGAGUUGCGUGAGCACGCAAAUGCACUCGUUGAUCUCACGCACGGUUUUCGCACGGUGGAAAUUGCACUGACAAUGAAUAAUGGCGCUGAUGACACACUGAUGAAUGCCUCUGGAUGGGAUGCGGACUUUGAGGAGACGAUUCUCUUCACCACCAUCACAUCGGGCGAAGUGCCGAUGCGUGAUGAGGUGGAAGUGUUGACUGUUCAGCCACAGAAGAUCUUCCUGGAGGCAAUUGAGAAGUACUCAAAGAGAAUCACACUCACAUCUUUGACUGAUGAAACGAUGUUGUUCGAAAUGGAGUGUGAUCAGCCGGAAGUUGUGGAAUUUCUGCCCAAUUCGGGUGAAUUGAUGGCACGUGAAACGGACUCAAUUCACGUUAGAUUCAAACUCACACCAAUGACGAAGAAAUUCUUCGUGAUUCGCAUCAAAACAAGUCAACAAGUGAUUUCUGUGCCUGUUUAUGUGGUGGUUUAAG